UGUGACGAGAAACUAGAAAAAUGGAUUACCUCUCUCCCGCCAACAUCUCCCAAGAUGCAUCCUUUUUCUUCUCCGACACCGGUCUCCAUGGCAAUGACCUAUACCCCGGCUACCAUGCCUACGACCCCGGCAUCGACGACCCCCCCACAGAAGAGUCAUCGCCCCUCCCGCCUCUUUACACGGACACUCCAUUCCUGGAUUUGGGAGACUCGGGGGGUUACGGGGACAGCUCCCUGGCAGGACUGGGGGACAGUACUAAGCUAGUAGGGGUGCAGGUGGUUUUAAUACUAGCCUACAGUACCAUUAUACUACUAGGAGUAGUGGGUAACUCUCUGGUGAUAUACGUCGUGUAUCGCUUCAAGACGCUGAGGACAGUUACUAACUUCUUCAUAGCUAACCUCGCUGUCGCUGACCUCCUGGUGAAUACAUUGUGUCUCCCCUUCACGUUGGUCUAUACUCUGCUCGGGGAGUGGAAGUUUGGCCAGGUGCUUUGUUUCCUGCUUCCCUAUGCACAGGGAUUGGCUGUACAUGUAUCCACGGUGACGCUCAAUGUCAUAGCCCUCGAUAGACACAGGUGUAUAGUGUACCCCUUGGAGACCAGGAUGAGGAAGGGAGUGUGUUUCAGGGUGAUUGCGGCCACAUGGGGACUGAGUGCAGUGCUGGCCAGCCCACUAGCUAUCUACAGAGAGUAUGGUACCUUCAAUCUGGCUCCAGGACAGUCUAUACAGGUGUGUACAGAGAAGUGGCCAGGCAGCUCAACAGACGGGACAGUCUAUUCAAUCUCCAUGCUCCUCCUCCAAUACGUUCUCCCUCUGGCUAUCAUCUCCUUCGCCUACGCCCGUAUCUGGUCCAAGCUCCGUUCGCACGCCUCGCCCGCAGGCCGCAACGACCGCCACCGGCGGCGCCGCAAAACCACCAAGAUGCUGGUGACCGUGGUCGUGGUGUUCGCGGUCAGCUGGCUGCCGUUCCACGCUUUUCAACUGGCCACGGAUAUCGACAGCUCCGUCUUGGACAUGAGGGACUUCAGACUGCUGUACACGCUGUUCCACGUCGUGGCCAUGUGCUCGACGUUCGCCAACCCUCUGCUCUACGGGUGGAUGAACAGCAACUAUCGCACUGCUUUUAUUACAGUGUUCCGCUGUGACCAGAGAAUGGAUAGUGUGCAUCCGGAAGCAGGAAGAGGGGAGGGAGGAGAAAGAGGGGAAGGAUGUGGAGAAGAAGGAGCGAAAGAUGGAGAAAGAGCAGAAGGAGGGAGGAAGCUGGACCUAGAGGCCCAGGACGUUGUGACGAACCAUCUCAAUGCUACAGACCUCUGAGAGAGAAGAAGAGACAGAAGGAGAGAGAGAUGGAGAGAGAGGGAGAGAGAG